AUGACAUCCUCCCAUUCUCACCGCGCAUGCGUGGCCCAGGGAGCGCGCAGCGUGGCGAUCGGCGGUUCGCUGUGUCCCUUGGACACAGCGAAUCACCGAUCACGGAAAGAGCCGAAGAUGUCGGCUCAGUCAUAUGAUCAGCUGUGUCCAAUCACAGCUGAUCACAUGUAAACAGAGGAAAUGCCGGUUAUCGGCAUUUCUCUCCUCUCGAGCUGUCAGUGUGGGGAGGAGCCCCAGCAGUGCCACCUGUCAGUGUCCAUCAGUGCCUCGUGCCAGUGCCCAUCAGUGCCACAUCAAUGCCACAUAUCAGUGCCCAUCUGAGCUGCCUUUCAAUGUCACCCAUCAGUGCCAAUCAGUGCCACCUAUCAGUGCUGCCAAUCAGUGCCACCUAUCAGUGCCAGUCAGUGCCGCCUAUCAGUGCCAGUCAGUG